CGCGUCGGCAGUCGGCGGCGGCGACCCGGGCCGUGAAGAGCUCUGGAGCGGCGCUCCCGACGGUGGUAGCGGCGGCCAGCACAGUCUCGGCACCGGCUCGGCUCGCGGCACCUCCAGCGACCGCCCCGGGCAGACGGACACCUGAGCUGAACUCGGCUGACCUGUGACCGGCGCGCCGGGAUACAGAUACUUCAGAAGAUGGAGCGGCAAACACUAUGGGGCCUGCGGCUCCAGAAUAUUGUCCUCACUUGUGUUCUUCUAUUGGCCUCGUUCUCAGCAUGUUCUGCGGAGGUAGCCUUUGAGAAGCUGACAGAUAUGGACUACCGAGGCACCACGUACUACACGAUCCGUAACCUGACCCUGUACGAGUGCCAAGGCUGGUGCCGCGAGGAGCCCGAGUGUCAGGCGGCUUCCUUCAGUUUCGUCUCCAACCCGCUGACGCCGGUCCAGGAGACGGUCUGUCUACUACAGAACGAGACGGCUGCCAACAACCCGUCAGCGGUGCCCAAGCCGGCCAUCAGUACCUACUACAUGAUCAAACUACGCAUCAACUCAGACAAGGUCUGUAACCGGCCAUGGACGUUUGAGCGUCUACCGAAGAAAAUGCUGAGGGGGCUGGACAAUGCUCUCAUGUUUGUCUCCACCAAGGAAGCGUGCCUGGCGGCAUGUCUGAACGAGGAGCGUUUCAUCUGUCGCUCUGCCGAGUACAGCUAUCUGACACUGCAGUGUCAUCUCUCCGAGCACGACCGUCGCUCGGUGGACGAGACCAUAGAGAUGGUGGAGGCCGACCAGGUGGACUACUUCGAGAACCUCUGCCUCUCCGGUGCACAGGCGUGCAAGGGAGACCGCGAGUUCCCCACGCCGGAGAUCGGGGUGCCGAACGCCAUCAUCAACCGUUACGUGGACACACACUACUACGUUGACCUGGAGCUGAUGGCUAACAAUGUGGAGGCCUGUCGGCGCGCCUGUGAGAUCGAGAACGAGAUCCUGUGCCGGUCAUUCCUGUACCGCGGCCCCCCGACCGGCACCACGUACAACUGCCAGCUGUUCCACAUGGACCACGUCACCCUGCCGGACGGCGCCGAGACCUUCCUGGACAAGGACCGGCCUCUGAUCGACACCGGCAGCGACCCGGGCAUCUACUACGAGAACGUCUGCAAGAGAUCACCGGUGGUGUCUGCUGGUGCGGCUCUCUCUGACGGGCCUCAAACGGCCGCUCUCGCGGAGCUCAUCUCUUCCAGCCUCUCCCAGGGCCCCAGCUCCAGCCCCCUCACCAUUGCGGCCUCCUCGGACGAGACUAUCCCGGGCUCCAGCAGCGAUCCUGCCGAGGUCCCGAGUGGUCCACUCAGCGCCGGUCCUUUGACGGGCUCCGGAGCGCCGACUGUGGUUGGUGCUUCCGCCCCGGGCUACUACAUCCCGCCCAGCACCGGGUUCUCCCCCAGUGUGGCAGAACAGACCUCGGAGUCCGAUCCUCCUCCCUCAGCUGAAGGCUCCACCGUCGAGGUCAUCUCUCCGGCGGUGGGGAGCUUUGUCCCGCAGUUAUCUCCUCUAGCUGCCCUCACUGAGCCCGGGAGUCCCGCGCCUCCCUCUGUCUCAUCUGACCCCAACCCCACCGAACCAGAGAAUCCUCUCCCGUCCGUGGCUAGUGAAUCCAAUAGUCCCCUGCCGUCCGUUCCUAACAGACCCGGCAGCCCCCUCCCGUCGGCUCCUAGCAAGCCCGUGAGCCCCCUCCCGUCCGCCCCUAAUGGACCCAGCAGCCCCCUUCCGUCCGCCCCUGGUCAACCCGGGAGCCCAGCCGUCCCGACCAGCGAGUCCGCUGAACAACUAGGAUCUUUGGACGGCGGCCCGGAGCCGGGUCCACUGCCGGCGGUGGACCCCACCGAGCCUCAGAUUCCCUUCCCCACCGGAGACACGGAGGGUGCCGGAUCGGACACAGCCGGUGAGGGUGACGGCGGUGAUGGCGAUGACGGUGCCGAGAUCGUCACCAUUCCCGACCUGCCAAUCUCUGGCGGCGGCGGCAGCAGUCCAGGUGGCGCCACCGGAGACCCAGCAGGCGGCGCCACCGGCGGAGACGGCGGCAACCCUGCCAUUCCUGAUGGAGGCGAUGGCUCGAGUCAGACUGCCGGCGAGGGCAACGAUCUUAACUGUGACUCCAGCGGCACCUGCUAUGAUGUGUCUGUACAGUGCAAGGACACCCGGAUCGUCGUCCAAGUGGGCACCAACCGUCCCUUCAACGGCCGUAUCUACGCGCUGGGCCGCUCUGAGACCUGCAACGUGGCCGUGGUGAACUCUGAUCGGUUCCGACUGGACCUCAGCCUCUCCGGACAGGACUGCAACACUCAGUCCAUCGGCACCGUCUACUCCAACACAGUGGUGGUUCAGCACCACUCGGUGGUGAUGACCAAGACGGACAAGAUCUACAAGGUGCGCUGCACCUACGACAUGUCCUCACGCAACAUCACCUUCGGCAUGAUGCCCAUCAGUCAAGCGGCUCAAGAUCCCAACUCAGAGUUUUAUGACCCUAACUUUGACGCUGAGUCGAUGGGGCAGCUGCUGAUUCGGGACCCGGACAUGAUUUCGAUCACGUCUGCGCCAGCCGCGCCUCCGCCUCGUAUCUCCAUUCUGGACAAGACCGGUCAGGUGGUGGAGACUGUCCGAAUUGGCGACAAGCUCACCUUCCGCAUCGAGAUUCCGUCCAACACGCCUUACGGCAUUUUCGCUCGCAACUGUGUGGCUAUGGCCAAGGACGCCAAGAGCACUUUCCAGAUAAUCGACGAGAACGGGUGCCCGGUGGACCCCAACAUCUUCCCCCGGUUCACGUCCAAGGUCUACUCCCUGGAGUCGAUGUACGAGGCGUUCCGCUUCACCGAAUCCUACGGCGUCAUCUUCCAGUGCAACGUCAAAUACUGCCUCGGAGAGUGCGAACCGGCACAGUGUGACUACAAUGGCAAGCAGUUCCCGUCGUGGGGCCGCCGCCGGCGCCGCGCGCUGAAGCCCACCAUGUUGUCGGAGGAUCCUCGCGACCCCGAGUCGAUGACUCUCAGCCAGGAGAUCAUGGUGCUGGACUUUGGAGACGAGGAGGGCGUGGGUGUGCAGCGGCAGCAGCAGACCAGUCGGCCGGAGGUGCAGCUGCCGCCGUAUGUCACUCAGGAGGCCACCUUCGGAGCCCCGGCCGCUGCCAGCGCCGCCGACCACUUCAGCUUCACGAACGAGAGUGUCGAAAUGCUGGAGAAGUGCCCCACGAAGACCUCCGUUCUGGCUCUCUCCGUCACCUGCGCUCUGCUGGUGCUCAUCUACGUCUGCAGCAUCUUCUACCUCUUCAUGAAGCGGUGGAUGACCCGCAACAACAAGGUCCUAUAGAAUGGAGACGGCGCCAGCCGAUCGCCGGCCGGUCUGACUCGCCGUCUACCGAUUCGAGAAGACGGCAGAAGAGCCGACCCGACUCGCCGCGGCCAGGGCAGUCCGAACGAGCCUGAUCCCGACAAAUAGUGGUGGGCUCUCGUGGCAUUACAACUGUGCUUUUACGCAGUGAUCGCAUUUGUAUGUACAGAGGACGCAAGGGGAGCAUUUAGGUGCAAGUUAUUGUUGAUGUCCCGCGUCUCCGUUUUUUUUAUAAGAAUGAUGCGAUGGAUGAGUGCCUUAGAGCUUUGACAGUAACUUGCAUCUGGUGAUUGUUAAGAAGCUUCCUUGGAGAGCGGUUCUUUUAGUGUUGUUUCUGAGACCUGAGACGAUUUGUCGUCUGUAACUGAACAAAGGCAUUCUUCUCACACGAGUCUGGGCGAUAUUUAUUGUGGGCAUAAGCAGUUGUUUUGAGAAUACGUAUCGGAUGUAGACGUGUGUCUUUGCAUCUUUGUGUAACAUAUGCCAGUGUCGAUUGUUAAUGAGUACCUAGUGUCGAUAUUUUGACCUUUUGUGAUGUUCUUUAUUCAACAUGCACUAGUUUGAGAUGCCUGUAUCGGAAGGGGUUUGAAACAAACAAGGUUUUUGUUGAGAUUGGUGUGUCAUAAAACAGAAAUCAUCUAUAGCGUGAUCACAUGUUCAGUAAAUACUCUAGAAACGAUAUCUUGACGUUUUUUUUCAACAGACAGCCUUUUACAGAUGUGUCGACUUUUGUCUAUAUUCUGCAGUGGCUGAGUUUCUUUGUGCUCGCCUUUCUAGUGCAAGUGUGAUGUAAGGAUAUCACGAAACAUGGUCAAUAAAUGAUAUUUAUAAUAAAA